CCGGCUGUGGGGAGAGCCCUGCGGUAUCGCGGGCGGCCACGGGGGCGCCAGAGAGCGCACCUCUCCGCUAAAGAUGUGAAAAUGGCGGAGCUACAAAUGCUUCUGGAAGAGGAGAUUCCAGCGGGACGAAGCGCGCUGCUGGACAGCUUCACUAAUUUGGAAAGAGUCGCGGAGUACUGCGAGAGCAACUAUGUCCAGUCUCCAGACAAGCAGAGGGCGCUGGAGGAGACCAAGAACUACACCACCCAGUCUCUGGCCAGUGUAGCCUACCUGAUCAACACACUGGCCAACAAUGUCCUGCAGAUGCUGGACAUCCAGGCCUCGCAGCUCCGCCGCAUGGAGUCCUCCAUCAACCACAUCUCACAGACGGUGGACAUCCACAAAGAGAAGGUAGCACGGCGGGAGAUCGGCAUUCUCACCACCAACAAGAACACGUCCCGCACGCACAAGAUCAUCGCCCCGGCCAACCCCGAGAGGCCUGUGCGAUACAUCCGCAAGCCCAUCGACUACAGCCUGCUAGACGACAUGGGCCACGGAGUUAAGGCCAGCGCUCAGAACAUGAAGGCCGGAGGAGGCGGACUCCCUCGCAAACCCCCCACACAGAAGCCCCCGAGCCCACCCAUGACGGGGAAAGGGACGCUUGGGUAUGCGCCACUCCCCUAUAGGACGCUUGAGCCGGUGCGUCCACCCGUUGUCCCUAACGACUACGUCUCAAGCCCGACGCGCAACAUGGCGCACCCCCAGCAGAGCCCUGCACGCACUGCAUCCGUUAAUCAGAGGAACCGCACGUACAGCAGUGGGAGCAGCGGAGGCAGCCACCCCAGCAGCAGUCGCAGCAGCAGCCGAGAGAACAGCGGCAGUGGCAGCGUGGGCGUGCCCAUCGCCGUUCCGACCCCAGCCCCGCCCACCGUUUUUCCAGGUGCUCCUCAGUUCUACAGCAUGAACCGCCCCGCGCAGCAGCCUCAGAACCCUCCGGUGGGAGGCUCCCUGCCGUACCGCCGACCCUCGUCUGUCACCGGUCAGCCCAACGUGACCCACAACCAGAGCCAGCUUAACGGGGGGCCACACUUCGCCCAGAACCAAGGCCCACUCGUGCCCCCUCCCCCCAUGCAGAUCACCCCUCAGCUGCCUCUGAUGGGCUUUGUGGCCCGUGUUCAGGAGACUAUCUCAGACGUGCCACCUCCGCCAGCCGACGAGCCAGUGUUUGAGGAGCCCACACCUCCUCCGCCGCCACCUGAAGACUACGAGGACGAUGAGGAUGAAGAAGAGUCGGCGGUGGUGGAGUACAGCGACCCCUACGCUGAGGAGGACCCGCCCUGGGCCCCACGCAGCUACCUGGAGAAAGUGGUGGCCAUCUACGACUACACCCGCGACAAAGAGGACGAGCUUUCGUUCCAGGAGGGCGCCAUCAUCUACGUGAUCAAGAAGAACGACGACGGCUGGUUCGAGGGCGUCAUGAACGGGACCACGGGCCUCUUCCCCGGCAACUACGUCGAGUCCAUCAUGCACUACGCCGACUGAGCGGCGCCUCCCUGAGCAGGAGAGGGAGCGGGAGGAGCGCUUGUUGGGGAUGGGAGCGGGGGGAGGGAAGGGUUAAAGGUCAAAGACUUUGAUCGAACAGAGCAUGAUCACCUCCGGGCGAAGAGAGCAAAGAGCAGGGAGGCGAAGUGGAGGCAGCUUUUUAGGGUUUUUUUGAAGAAGGACAUGACAGACUCGAUGCUCAGUCAUUCUCUCGACAUAGUCGCCGCUAUAAAACGACCACUACUCUAGAUAUAAGCUUCCCUGUAACGUUUCUUUCUUUGUGACUUUGUUUGAUUAACGAGGAGGACUGGGCGGUGAUGGGUUUGUUACUUUUUGAGAGUUUGUUUCACACUACGAGGCCACUAAAUUGAUUUCUGCUUCUUUUAUGUUUUUUAUUCCUUGUGUUUUUAGCAGUUUGCCCAAUAUUUAUUUGUAGUGGGAGGGGGGGAUGAUGAGUGGGUAGAUGAGGCGCGCGGCCUCGGAGAAAAAGGGCUGGAGGAAAAUGCCUUCAGGUUUCGUUAUUCUCAGACACUCCAGAUGCAACAGCGAUAUCCUCAGUGAGACGCAUGGAUGUGCGGGUGAGGGCACGGAGUGUGCCAAAGCUGAUGAAGAUAAGCACAUCAGAUGUCUUAAGGUGAUCCACGAAGCUAGAUAAACGGGGAAAUCCUCCUUAAGAGUGCUUUAAAUGAUGAACUUUCUUCGUUUUUGUUCCGUUUGUGUGGUUAAAGCGGACGAGUUUAGUCACUACAUGCUUUACUUUGCAGUUUUCAGGUGAAGGAAUCGUCAUCCAGCCCUCAAAUCAGAGAAAGGCGUGGAUUUAAAGUUUGCAGCUCCUGUGAUAAAGUUGGAUGAACAGUCGAGGCGAGCCGUUUACUUUUAUGUCUUUAUCCUAUCUCUUUUGCGUUAACCAAGAGUUGGCGGUCGAGUUUUGCUUACAGAGCGGCAGACUGCAUGUUUGAACUAAUGGAGGGGGGGGGGGGGGGACAAAAAGCUUCUUUUCUGCUCUACUGAUGAUUAAUGUCUUAAUAUUUUUAGAUAUGGUGUGGUUUUGGUUUUUGAUAUUCACCCACGACAAACCACGACGACGAUGCAUUUAGACCAUUUCUAAGAUGCUUGUGCCAUAUUGAAGUGUGUGUGUUGCUGUUUCAGAGGUUAUCACUUCAUUUUGCAAUAAAAAUCGGCCGGAGGGAAGCGGGACUGUCGUCGAAUUACAGAUCUUUAGUUUUUCCCGAGCUGUUUGAAAUCAGAAGCACAUACAUUUGUAGUGAAAGUUAAAAAAAAACAAAAAGGUGUAGAAGAAAUAUUAUAAAUGUGAAGAUGUAUUAUGCCCUCAGACGCAGGAAUUAUUGAAUAUGAAAAGAAGCCAGCUGUUGUGUUUUGAAAUGGUUUUAAGCAUCCCAUUAGGGCCCCGAUACUUUUGUUUUUAAAAAAAGACUGUGAGUUUAGGCACCAUUCGUCCUCCGUACGGUUUUCGAUGCGCUUGGCUGUUGGGUGUUUGCGAGGGCUCAGUGCUUGUACUUCUGUCAGGAUCUUUUUAUUUUCUACUCCCAAAAAAGAAAAAGGGAAAAAAAAGAAAAACAACAACAACAAGUGGGUCUGUAUGUGAGUCUUGCAUGCCAUUGUUAUUAUCUGUACUGGUGUCCCUGAAACCUACGUGGCAAGAUCACCCAUUUCUAAAAAGGCAAGCAGCCCUGCAGCUCUGACCAGGUACCGCCAGCCUCAUCCAAAGAGACUGUACAACUUUACUUCGAGCCCACGUCCGAGGAGCCGCUCGCUGACCUGUGGGGGAGGAGGGACAGAGGGAGGGGAGGAGGGACAGAGGGAGGGGAGGCACUCGGCUUCCUCCUCCCCCCUGACAGUAGCCGUCAUCAGUGGUGAAAAAUCGUUUUUUUGUGUGUGCAUAAGCUGCUAGUGAAUCCUGCGGACAGACUGCAGGUGGGAGAUGAAUGAGAACUUUGACUCUUGAUGCAUAACACUCAUAAACUGACACUAAAAAAUAAAUAGAUAUAUAUCUGAGUGAGGCCCUCUGGUCUGCAGGAUUCACAGCUUCCUGGAGUCACAGACGUCCCAUCGGGAUGUCGAGUUUAACAGUCCAUAAUGCCAUUGUGUUGCACAGUUAAAGUUGAAUUGCAGAAGUAUCAUAUUUGUAAAAUCAUGAGAACAAAGACAAUAAAAUUAUUGAGAUUUA